AUGGCAACGAGCUCUGGAACCGUUAAGAAAACAGCACUCUCAGACUUCUCACGACCGAUGAAACGAGGCAUCAUUGCCGUUGGCCUCAAACCUGACGAUUUCUUGGUUGGUGUGGCGCUGACCGAUGGUCAAAAAGAUGUGAUGUUGUUCUCCGAUAGUGGCAAAGCUGUCCGCUUUGACGAAAAUGAUGUUCGACCGAUGGGACGAGGCGCGGCGGGUGUGCGCGGCAUGAAUCUUGAAGAAGGUCAAAAAGUGAUUUCUAUGUUGGUCGCCAAAGCAGAGGUUGAAGGUGAGCAGACCGACCAAACGGUAUUAACAGCCACCGAAAAUGGUUUUGGUAAACGAACACUCAUUACUGAAUAUACCCGUCAUGGCCGUGGUACCAAAGGGAUGAUUGCGAUUCAAACCAGUGAACGUAAUGGUAAAGUGGUGGCGGCUACCAUUGUGACCGAUAGUGAUGAAAUCAUGUUGGUGACAACGGGUGGUGUGUUGAUCAGAACUAGUGUGAAAGAUAUUCGCGUGAUGGGGCGGGCGACACAAGGCGUGACACUCAUUAACUUGGAUGAUGGAACACAAUUAGCGAGUUUACAACGCAUUGUUGAAAAUGAUGAGGUUGAGGACACGGGUGAAGAAACCAGUUCCGAUGCUUAA